GUCACACGUGGCGGGUGGGAGGGCGCACGUGAGACACACAACAGUGUCAAAUACGACUGGACGCGUCGGAGGCGCAAACUUUGAGCCGCCAGCACUGCUUGCUUUUGCCCCCCGACGCGUCCCUCUCCUCCUCUCUGUACGCUCUAUCUAUUCCCCACAUACCCCCAAAAGCUCUACAGCACCUCAUACCACCUCUGUAGCAUAGCCAACGAUCCGCAAUGGGCCGCCCACUCUUUUCCCAAUACCACCAGACCCCCGCUGUGCGUGUCGAGCCCGAACAGCCACAGCCGGCCUGCGAAAAAUGGACGUACUGGAACGCGUUCGACCCCGACUCGGACGAGUUCUUCGAGCGCGACGACGCCGUCUACGAAGCGUUCGUUCCCCAGGACGGCACAGCGCUCCCGCAGCCGCCCACGCUCAUGGACAUGCCCUUGUCCAGUAGUUCGAGCGAGGCGAGCUCGAGUGGCCGCGGCAGCCCCACCGAUGAAGCAGGGACGGACUUGUCGACGGAGGAGAUCGACCUUGCGUUCAGGAGGGAGGCAGAGUUAACCAGGCUCAGCGCGACGAGGGAAGAUGAUAUCCAGAGGCGCGUACAGGAGGCGCGAGAGGCCUUCGCGGAUAGUCACUCGCCCACUACCACUCUUCCUGCUGGCGAGGACUCGGAGCGCGUCCUGCGCUACAUCCAGGGCCUCGACAACAUCUCACGCCAAAACGAGGCCACAACGCAGUCUGUCCGCGAGCGAGUGCUGCCGGACCCGGAGCCCGCCUCCGCAAUGGCGGAGCUCGCUGAAUUUGGCCCCUUAGAACCCUUCGUGAUGCUCCCCGCGAGGCGUGCAGAUGUCAGACAUAGGAGAGGAGAUCCUCCCGCCCCGAGUAGUGAGCAGGCCACCACGGCCCGUGGGAUCCUCGUCGCUGUGCCCUCCACACUCCCCGCCUCCUCUGCCGCCACCGCAACGACACAUUCUACUCCUGAUCGUCCUUCCACGCCUCCCAAUGGCUCUCGUCUCUUGAAUGACCGCCUGUCCACUCCGCCGAACCGUAGCCCUGCGCUUGACGUGUCACCGUCCCCACCUCCCUCUGUUACACCUCGCCUCUAUUCGUGGUCCUCGCGCAACCCCGUUCACGCUACACCUACCUCUCCGGGGCCAUCAGGGCCCCUGCGAAACCGCAGUGCGCGGCUGUCGGUAGAGCACAUCUCUCCGCUGCCGGAUGCGUCCUCCGCUCGCACAAGAUCCCGCCCGAGGAUACGCUAUACAGGGGAAGGCCGGCAGAACCUCUACCCUAACGCCCCGCGCGUCGACACCAGCUCUUGGAUCCGCUCCUGAAGACACAAUGCUACGUUUCUCUAGCCCUUGGAUAAUGCCGUCUGUUGAUGCUUAUCUGGUUGCACGGUUGCUUUCUGUAGCACUAGUAGUCGACUUCACACGCUCUCUGCUACCGGUGCUCUGUCUCUCACGUUCGUUUGCUUUUUGACCUUUCUUUCGGGUGUUGCUGUUUGCUCAAAAGUAUGUCCUGCUGUGAUCUGCAUAGGCUGAUAGUGGUUGGGUUACAAUCUAGAACAUAUGCGUAAGUAGAGGUAGUUUAGCGACGUAUACUGCGGUUUAUGGAAUGCAUGUGCGGCACAUUUGAGUUCUCUCUUAG